AUGGGAUUAGUUUCGCGAUUGGCCCGAAUUGGUCAAAAACGGGACCAUGCUAAGCCCAGAGAGAAAGCUAACAAGGCACAGUAUACUUAUUUAACAGUUCAAGUUCAAUACAUAUUUCAUGAGAGAUCAGAGGGAAAUCCAUUAGACCUGAAUAACUUACCGGAAGACUACACAAGAUCAGAUGGUUUACAGACUUCAUGGGACAGUUCUUCAUCUGCCGGCGGCGGCGGCGGCGGCGGCGUUGGGUACAGAAAAAAGAAAAGCGGCGGCGGAAAGGAAGGGAGAGAUGAGGCCGCAAAAGUGUACGAGUGCAGAUUUUGUUCCCUCAAGUUCUGCAAAUCUCAAGCCCUCGGCGGUCACAUGAACCGCCACCGCCAAGAGAGGGAGACAGAAACACUGAACAAGGCUCGUCAACUGGUCUUCACUAAUGACCUAGCUCCUGCUCACUUAGGUUAUGUUUCAAGCAGUACUAGUGGGCAACAGUUUCCACAUGGAGGGUAUAAUAGUCAUCAUCAGGCAAGCAACAGCAACAACAAUAUCGGUGAUUCUUCAUUGCCCUUCAGAUCCAUGCACCACCCUUCAAGAAUGUUUUCCACUUCACCCCACAUUCCACCACCGCCACACCAGGCGGCGCCGCCGCCGCCGUACAUGCACUCUUCUCCAUCGCAUCAAUACCUACCACCGGCCAACAACAACAACAACAACAGCUACUAUGUCGGCCAUGUACUACCCUAUGGGGCUGCUGCUGCACAAAACGACACAACCUGCAUUGGAGCACCGGUGGGCGGCGGCGGCGCCGGUGGUGGUUUCCGGAGGUAGAAAUUAAAGGGGUGGCAUUAAUAUUGUAAUAACAUUUUGGAUCUGAGAUUUAAUUUGAGUAAUCAAUUUCUAUAUCUAUCGCUAUUUCUUUAA